GCCGGUCUGAUCAGUAGCUACUGAGGGGAAGAUGGUGGACUUCGCGACAGCAGCGUGCUCGAAACUCCGUCCCAAACACUUUGGAAAAUAUUUAUUAUCUCAACCUGGUAUUAGAUAUAGAUUACCCGGGGACAAUCAUAGAUAAUACUUUGUGAAAGCCGUUGAGGAAACUGACUUUUUCGCCUCCGGACAACUCUUUAUUUCCAGGACUGAAGAAGGCGGAGAGUUGCGGAACGUGGUGGCGGUUGGUGUUAGGAAAGGACGCUAGGCAUCAUUAGCCAAAGUAUAAACUCAAGUGUGAAAGAAGGGGGAAUUCCUGGAGCUUUUACACCCAGCUGUCGAGAUAAACUACGGAGACCACUCAGCCGUCUGCUGCUGCUGUUGCCGCCUUUAAACCAAGUGUGAAAUCUCUGAGGAAGCGGACUUGACAGUUGGACUAAGAGCGGGCUAACUUCAGCUAGCUAACGUCAGCUAGCUUUGUUGUGAACUGUCGGAUCAAAGCGGUGCUCGAAAUGCCACGGAGUAAAAAGGGGAAACGUGGCUCCGGUAAGCCGGGCUCUCUUCGUCAGGAGGUUCUUCAGCUGCAGCUGUCGGCUAAAGCGUCCCUGAAAGGUAUUAAAAAUGGAGUGAAGGGAGAGUCGGGUGCCAGUGAUGAUGAGCUGACGUCUGAUAUUCUAAGCCACUACAGCAGCGCCAGCGAAACUGCUUCUGUGCUGGAUGAGGGCACAGGGAGUGAGCAGGUGGAUGAAAAGACUGCCCAGGAGGAAACAGAAGACAAACUCAAACAGUGUAUAGACAACCUGAUGGAUAAAAGUGCUAAGACUCGCUUAGCCGCCCUGGAGUCGUUGCGACAGGCCUUCUCCUCCAGAGUGUUGUACGACUUCCUGACAGAGAGACGCCUCACCAUCAGCGACUGUGUGGAAAGAAGCCUUAAAAAAGGCAGCGGAGAGGAGCAGGCAGCGGCAGCCACAGUCUUUGCCCUGCUCUGUAUCCAGCUGGGGGGUGGAGACGAGGCAGAGGAAGGUUUUAAGAUGCUUCGCCCCAUCCUCACUGCCAUCCUGAUUGACAACAGUGCCAGCAUAGCUGCCCGCCAGAGUUGUGCCAGAGCUUUGGGAAUGUGCUGUUAUGUGUCUGCUGCUGAAGAUGGAGAGGACUUGAUCAAGUCGUUGGCCCUCCUGGAGAGCAUAUUCAUGUCAUCCUACCCCAACAGGGAGGGGACGCUGCCCACACCUAAACCUGGGAGUCCAGGCCUUCACAGCGCUGCUCUGCAGGCCUGGUCGCUGCUGGUAACCCUCUGUCCUGCAUCCAGACUGACUGUGCUGCUCGAUCUUCACCUCCCCAAACUGAAGGCAUGUCUGGAGAGCAAUGACGUCAACUACAGGAUUGCAGUGGGAGAGACCAUCGCCCUGCUGGUGGAGCUGGGCCGAGAUAUUGAUGAGGAAUUUGAGGUUGAGGACAGUGAAAGUCUUUGUGAAUGUCUGAAGAGUUUAGCCACAGACGGCAACAAACACAGAGCCAAGAAUGACAGGAGAAAACAACGCUCCAUCUUCAGAGAAGUGCUACAUUAUAUAGAGAAUGAGGACUUCACAGAGGAAAAGAUCAGGUUUGGAGUGGAGAGCGUUUACAUCGACGGCUGGAUGAGGAGAAGAAUCUACGAUGCCUUCAAAGAGAUCCUUGAAUCUGGAGUCCGACACCAUCUACAGUUCAACCCACUACUGAGAGACAUCUUUGGCCUCGGCCCCCCCCUUAUCCUGGACGCUACUGUCAAAGGCAACAAGAUCUCACGAUUUGAGAAGCAUCUUUUCAACUCAGCUGCCUUCAAGGCCAGGACGAAACAGAGGAACAAAGUCAGGGACAAACGGGCUGACGUCAUGUGAGAGAAGGACGAGGAUGGAGUGAAUGGAUGAGUAAGCAAGGAACUCAUUGGGCUUUACUGAGAUGGAAACAAAACGAUGCCUUCAAAGCUUCAGUUGUCAGACACACAAAGACUCAGCAAACCCCCAACAGGGCCUUUUCACUUGUGCUCUUCACCUGCAACUUAAGGCUCUAGAUUUAAGAUGGCCACCAAUUAUUUUUAGCUCUCGUGUGCAGAGAAAAUCUUGCUGAGGAACAGUUUUACUGUUCUUUCUAACAGGCAUUUCACAGAAGUAUUCAUAUUAUGUGCACAUAUUUUAAAUGAUCUUCUAAUAUCAGAAAGGUCUUCUUACAGAGAAAGUAAAGUACUAAGUCUCUCUGUAAGAGUCACACACUUUAGAUUUACAUUUAAUUUGUGGAACCAUCACUGAAACCCUCUUUGGUGUUGUUCGGUGUUAUUUUUGAUACUCAGCUCCAGCUGCUGGCCUAAGGUUUGACAUUUCAGUCAGAUCUUUUUUAAUCCUAAUUUCUGUUGCUUUUCCCUGGACGUUAACAGGUCCUGGUUAAUCACUGAGGUUUCAUGUUCAAGAAUCAACUUUCGUAUUGAGAAAAAGAGCCACCGAAAUGUUCUGAAAAAAAACCUCUGUUUCUCUGGGCUAAAUUAUUCCUCGUUCUCCCCCUCAUUCAUCCUGUGUCUUUACACCCAGAGUCACUAUUUCAGCUGCCAAACCAGAAACUGACUUUACAAACAAUGCAACCUAGAAUAAAAUGUGUGUGGUGUUUGUGUGAGUGUGUUUUAUUUGAAUUUUAUUUAACAUCAUUAAGUAAAACACUUAAAAAAACAAACAAGAAGAUGCCUAAUUAAAAGAGUAAAAUCAAAGAGUUAAUAUUGUCAUCUUUGUAUUCAUAUUUUUUGAGAGGAAAAAUAAGUUUUAACCUUUUCUGGUGGAUACUUGUAUUUUACUUUCUAAUUUAUUAAAAGAACAGUACUGUGUGAUUUUUAAGAAUCUUAAAAAUGCUAAGAACUGUUUACAGACACAAUUAUGGGAGGAAGAUAAGGUUUUUUUUUCAUGUGUAUUUUUAAUGCGGGUUGGUGGGUCAUACAAUCUAUCCAUGUGUAUGUAUUGCAGACAUACUGUACAUAGGGAUUCAUGAGAAGAUGUGUACUUGAAUUAUAAGAUUGAUGCAUUUGAAUUCUGAUGAGCAGUGAUAAUGCAUACAGGCCACUUAACCAGAGCUGCUGAUCAGAGGAGUUUUUUGGUGUUGCUGUUUUUAGUAGAGGUCAAGUUAGCGUAGCAUUGGUGCUUUUAAUUGUAUUCAAUUUAAAAAGCAUAUUUACCAGCUGUGAGGAUGAAUAUCUUGAUUAAAAUUUCUCACCACCUGUUGUUUUUUCUGCCGUUGACCAGGGAGCAACAGGCCUCCAACAUUACAGCCUCACCAAACUGUCUUAUCAGUAGUUCUGGUGUUAGGGCACAAGGGAUCAUGGAUCAAAUGAAAUAAAGAGUAUUUGAACACUU